AUGCUGGAGGACAGAGUGGUCGGUUUGGAGUCUCACAAACUCCGUCUCAUGCCAGCACUUCACUGGCCCCAGAUUGUGGUUAGUGUGUAUGGCCCAGACACUUUUGGAAAUGAUGUUGUGAGAGGUUAUGGAGCCGUACACAUCCCGUUUACACCUGGAAAACACACCAAGACCAUUCCUAUGUUUGUUCCUGAAUCUACAUCAAGACUUCAGAAGUUCACAAGCUGGCUGAUGGGAAGGCGUCCAGAGUUCACAGAUCCCAAGGUUGUUGCCCAAGGAGAGGGAAGAGAAGUUACGAGGGUGCGCUCACAAGGUUUUGUUACACUACAGUUCAACAUUGUGACUAAAGACAUGAAGAAACUGGGUUAUGAAACUACAUCAGAGCAUUCAGCUGCUACAGGACUGGCAAGAACAUCACAACAGCUUUAAUAACCACUUUCAGGAUAUUUUUGUAAUCUUGGUUUCAAGUUGCUUUAUUCAGAUUCAUAGUUGCUUUAUGACUACACAUGUGAUAUUGCUUUAUCAGCGGUGUAGUUUUUAAAUAAAUUGGUCUUGUGCAUUUC